GGGGCCCCGGAAAUUGCUUUGCCCCAGGCCCCCUGAAUCCUCUGGGCGGCCCUGCUCUUACGCAGUGUUAAUUCUGAUGUACUGUAAUUAGUUUAAGAGCGCCAAUAAAGUUCUCAAGUUCUAAUGUUCAGCCACUAAAAACCAGAGGUUAAUUACAGAGCCCACGCCAGCUCUGUUACUUACAACCUGAGAGCAGGGAGCGGGGGUUUGCCCCAGCUUUCCUCUCCUGUGGGAUAAAAUGAAUGCCUUGUCUCCAGGCUGUGUGGCGUUGUACUGCAUCUCUAGCAUGGCUAUUAAGAACUUCCCAGUGCUCCUGUGUCUGGGGGUCCUGAGUAUUAAUAAUGAAAGUGAUUCUAGAUGGAUUUGUCUUUUAAAAACCUCGUCAGAUUUAUGGCUGUUAGAUCAGCCCUGCUCUGCUCUGUCACAAUCUCUCUAUCCAUUAAUCACCAUAACUUCACACCGAUCCAGUCCCGUCACCAUAACUUCUGCCACUCUGCUGAGAACAAGGGAGGCAGUUUCCAUUAUCAACCAGCUAAUGAUUUCUGUAAUCCCAUCCUUUUAAGCCAGAGAGACUUUUACUCUCGCUGAGAGACGUUGUCUGCAAGGCAGUACCCAGCAUGCUCUGCCAGCCCUCAGCUGCUCCAGGGCAGCACUGGAAAAUUUAAGAGAAAAAGUGGAAAGUUUGAUGGUGGCAGUGCUCAAUUUGUGCCGGAUCUUGGCAGUUCAUAGCCCCGGCACCUGUGGGCUUGGCAUAUGAAAGUGUAAAAAAAAUUAAAAUUGCUUGAGCCCCAUCACCUUGUUCAUUACAAAUUAAGCACUGGAUGGCAGCAUGGAAAGUCUGGGUCUGUUCAGAUCUGCAGUGUGCUGUGCAACGCAGAGCCAUGGAUCAUACCCCUCUGUUAGACUCCUUCAGUGUAUGCUGGGUUAGUCACAGCCCUUCUCUCUGCUCUCCCCUCUUCCCAGCCAUGGUACCUCCGGUUUGAGAAGCGGAAAAGUUGCUGUAAUUCAGUGUCCGACUGAUGCAAGAUUUUUUUUUUGAAGGUGGAAAUUAACCUUUCCCAGAUUCGAAUCCACCGCUCCCGCUAAAGAUGAAUUUCAGAGGUGCCUUGCCAAGCAUCCUGGGGCUGCUGAAAGCUUUCCAGUGGAACGUGGUUGGCUUCAUUCAUCGGUAUGAGUUAGAAGCCAGGGAUGUCAUUGCUGGCCUUGAACAAAGCGACCAAGGGGAGAUAUGCAUCGAAUUUACAGAGCAGAGCAUCUUUGAUGGUCGGAAACUGAUGGAUAAGAUUUCCUCCUCAAAAUCAAACGUCACACUGGUGAUGGACGAGUCUGCUCUGUAUUACAUGUCAAGGGCAGGGCAAGAGGAAAACCGUACCACGGAGAAACACAUCAUUCACUGCUGCUAUGGGGUCACUUUUGGACUUGCUGGGUUAGAGUAUAAAGUUUUCCAGGGAAUGUGGUCUCUGCACCAGAGGCCUCGCCUGGUUCCUGGGUUUCUUGACUAUUUGCUGGACACGAAUACACACCCAUCUGCAAAUGCAACCGUCGGGUAUCUGUUCCGCAAGGUGUGUCACCAGUGCACAGCCAACCCCAGCUCAGAGAACCCCUGCGGGAACUUCAAUAACCCUGGGCCAGUCAACAUCAGUGCUGCACGUUUAAGCAUGACCCAGACAUUUGACCAUCAUGACCCAGACAUUUGCCUUGGAGCUCCAGCUAUUAACAUGUGCCAUUUGUGCCUGGACCGCUUAGCCUAUCUGGAUGUCAUCUUCAUCAUGGAUUUGUUCAUGCAAAAGCUAGCGAGAGCGCUAGAAGAGCUGUCCCAGAAUUACCCGCCAUCCCGGCCCCAGAACAGCUCUGACUUCAAUAGAGAACAGUUGGAGCAGUUUCUCAUCAAUAACUAUUCCCCCCUCCUGCCCGCCAAUCCAAACUCCUUUGAGGUCUUCUACUGGAACGUCACCGACGACGGAGAAGUGAAGCUCCCCCAGCUGGACGUAGACAUGGAGAGAGCGGCCUCCGACAGCUACAACCCUGUGGCGAGGACUGUGGGCCUGCGGGGCGGGGGAGCCAUCCGGAUCCUGCCCUCUCACUGCUCCCGAGGCUGUGGUCAAGGGGAAGUGCAAAAGCUGCACCCGGAUUUGCCUCAGCACUGCUGUUAUGCAUGUGAGGUUUGCAGCCCUGGGACAUACAGCAACGGAUCAGCUUUGGAGAGCUGCUGGUCUUGUCCCCAGGAUGAGUGGUCUCACGGGGGCCAGGUCUCCUGCUGGAAGAAGGCCGUGGUGUACUUGUUCUGGUCCGAGCCCCCCAGCAUUGUGCUGAUCAUGUUAACACUAGUGGGGAUGGCCCUCACUGCUUCUGUCACGGCAUUGUAUGUGAGGCACAUAGACACCCCUAUCGGCAAAGCUGCCGGGGGGCCCAUAUUUUACUGCCACAUGGCCAGCCUGCUGGGCUCCUUUGCCAGCGUGUUCCUCUUUGUUGGGGAGCCAACAGGUUGGAAGUGCAAACUUCGCCGGCCGGCCUUCGGGGUGAGCUUCACACUGUGCCUUGCCAGCAUCCUGGCCAAAUGUGUCCGGAUUCUGGCUGCCUUCACCACUCCCGUGGGAAGACCGACAAAGCUGCAGACCAGCCUUUAUCUGAUUGUUCUUGGUGUCCUCCCCGCUCUGCAGUGCAUCAUCUGCUUUUUGUGGCUCCUCCUUGACCCUCUUGGGGUCAGGCGUUCCUACCCCAGGAAGGCAGACUACCUGAUCAUUGAGUGCUUCAACGAAACAGGCAUCGGCUUCUCCUUCAGCAUCGGGUAUCUCUGUGCCCUGGCCUUCUGCUGCCUCACAGCUGCCAUCAAAACCCACUCCCUGCCUAAGAUUUUCAGCGACUCCCAGGGCAUCUCCUUAAUGAUGGUGACUUUCUUUGCUGUCUGGCUCUCCGUGAUGCCAGCUCUGGAGUCGGGAAAGGAGCGAAUGGUUGAUAUGGUGGCCAUCGUGUCUAUCCUGCUGUCUUCCUACAGCGGCCUGGCCUUCCUGUUUUUCCAGAGAUGCUACGUUAUGUUAUUCAGACCCCAUCACAAUACUACAGAGUGGAUCAAGAAAACCCACGUACGCGUACUGCCAAAAGGUUGCUAGCAAAGCCAAUCUGAGCAUCCAACUGGAGCCCAGCACCGCCACCACGGACAUGUCUGCCUAAGCGGGGGGUGGAACGAACGUGGGGAUGCUGGGUGUUGCUCAAAUUGUUUGUAAUUCUGCUUUUUGCUGUGUAAAGGCCUCUGCAGGGCUGGGCUCAGGCAAAGCCUGGUUCCAACCAAACAAAUCCAUCAAGCCCCAAAGCAAGGGGAGGGGGAGAGGAAAAUGGGCUUACAAAUUUUGGAGGACCCUAUGGAGAACUUUUGGAGCCAACCCCUUCAGAGCUUGUCCCUCAGACCAGUCUCUCACUUGCUCUUGCCUUAAUCUACCCUCGCUGUUUGGGCUCUGGCUGGAGCCCCAGGCUCUGUGACUUGCUGAUGCAAGUUUCUUCUCGCUACAUAGACAUACCUUGUGUGACUUUGGGCAAGUCACUUCAUCUCUCUGUGCCUCAGUUUCCCAGCUGUAUUUCCUUUCUCUCACUGUUUGUCUGUCUUACCUAGUUAGACUGUCAGCGUGCUGACGCAGGGAUUUGUUGGCUCUCAUAGUGUACAGCACCUAGCGCAGUGGGGGUCCUUCUUGGAUUGGAGACCAUGAGUGGUGGUGUUGCAAAUAAUAACAAAUCCACCAAUGUUCAGGGCUGUUUGCAUCCAUGGGGUUGAUUCAGUGCCAUCGCUACUGAAAACAGUUGAAGGCUUGGGGGUGGGCGGUGUCACAGAGCCACGGGAUCUGUGCUACGCACCCCCCUCACCCCCGCUUGUAAACAGUCUCUUGGAGGAACCCCUGCCAUGUGCAGACCCCUAAGGAAUCCCACUAUAAUUUCAGGGUAGGCCCCGCAGCUUCACCCCCUCCUAGGCUGAGCUCUUGAGCUCCAACGCGCCUGCUUCACACCGUGAGCUCUAUUAGGUGUGUCCGACUGGAAUAGACUCCUGGCAGAGAUUUGCCCACUCUUCAGGGACUAAUGUACCCCAGCCAGUGUUUGCAGCCUUUUCAAAACAGAGUAGGGUUUAUUAGUCAAGUGGAACACAGCACGGGAAGUCCUUAGGUUAGCAGAGAAAUAAAGGUUCAAACGUUGUCCAUUCUGGCCGAGCCAGCACAAGUCACCAGCCAAGCUGUAGCGAGUUCUAUUUCAGGCUCUGUCUCUCUGAUCUCCUUAGUCAGUCCCAGGAAGGAGCAGUAUCCUCCGGAAACCCACCCUUUAUCCUCUGCUGGUCACUUCUCAGUCCUUUGUUCUUGAGCUGUGGUCUUUGCUCAGCUUCCCUGCUGGGGGGUGGGCGGAGAACCUCCUUCCUGGUUGUUUCUUAGGCUAGGUCUACACUAUUGGG